GUAAUAAAACUGCAUUGGGAACACACAUAAUUCUCAAGAAAAGCAAGGGUCUACACAGUACAAAUUGUCUCAAUCAUUCUCAAUCGUUUAUCGUUUCCAAUUUUAGUUGAUACUCCAAAUCUGAAGUUUUGCUUUUUGUUUGAGAAGAUAAUGAAGAGAGGAAGGAAUGAGCAUAUCAUAGAAAAGAAUAAUGAAGACAGACUCAGUGCUUUGUCUGAUGAUGUUUUACAUCACAUACUCUCCUUUAACAAUGCCAAACAAGCUGUUCAAUCUUGUAUACUCUCAACAAGAUGGAAAAUUCUUUGGAAGACUCUUCCUACCCUAACUUUGAAACUCUCAAGCCAUUCACUAACCUCGUAUUGCUCUUCUGAAACUCUCGAGCGUUUCACCAAAUUUGUCAUUGCAAUUUUGUCUCAACGCGAUGUUGCAGCCCCAUUGCUUGUUCUCGAUCUUGACUGUGACGAUAGCAUUGAUCUAAAACUACUUAAAAUGAUUUUGACGUAUGCCUUUAUGCAUAAUGUCCAGCGAUUACUAAUUGAUGUCAAAUGUCAAAUUGAAAAAUUUCCACCUUCCUUCUUUUCAUGUCAAACUUUAAGGUCUCUUAACCUUUAUGUUAAUCGUCAAAGAACAUUAUAUCCUAAUUCUUUGAAUUUGCCGGCAUUAACCAACUUGUCUCUACAGAGCUUGAUCUUUUGUGUCAACAAUGAUGGUCGUGGUGAUCCUUUUUCGACACUAAAGAGAUUGAAUAGUUUGAUCAUUAACGAUUGUCUAGUUAGUGAUAAUCAAAGCCUCUCAAUUUCGAGUGUCACACUUGCCAAUUUAUCAAUUAGUGGUAACAUGAAAUUUCAGUUAUCUACUCCAAGUCUUUGUACCUUUGAUUAUUCAGGUACUCCACUUCAGAAACUCUGUGGGACUAUGAACAAUCUCUCUUCAGUCAAACAUGUAACUAUAUAUGUGCCUAAUAACAAAUUAUCAAAAGGUGAGAACACACCUUUUAUUCUACUCAAUUGGCUGAUUGAGCUUGCUAAUAUCGAAUCAUUGGCAGUUUCUCUGCAUACUCUGAAGGUGCUCUCCUUAGUUCCUGAUUUAUUCAACGCUGAGUUCUCUUCCUUGUAUAACCUGAAGUCACUGAAAGUAACAUAUUUACCUUCUUCAUCCAUAGCUAAAGAAGUAGUGGACUUUUUGCUUCAAAAUGCACCGUUAGCAAAGGUUACAUCUUACCUUGAUUAA